CCAGUCGUCGCGAAGGGCUGGUACUGGGGCGUGCAGUUCGCGUGCCUCCCGCCGCCUCGAGGCUCCUACAGCACGCGCGCUCGCGUCCACGCCGGCGUCACCCUCACACGGCGCGACAGCGCGACGCCGCGAAGCCCUCGCAGCCAGGACCACCCCGCCGCUCUCCAGGCAAGGCCCCGGGUCCAGGGCCCGUCCUCCAGAGCGUCGUCUCGCCGCGGUGCAUGCUAGGCCCACGGCCCGCGCCUUACCGUAACCGCUCCGUGCAGAGCCUCAGCGCGCACAGCUUCUUGGCCCAGGACCCGCGGCCCGCACAGGCCCCGACCGCCCCGACGAUGGCCGACGCCGAGACCGAGGUGCAGGCGCCCAGCACCCCCACGCUGGAGGAGAUCAUGGAGAGGCCGCCGCACCAGCCGCUGCCGCCGCUGGACCAGGAGCUGCUGGCCAUGCCGCCCGAGGAGUUCUGGGUGUCGGACCUGCGCUGGAUCGUGCCGGGCCAGCUGUGCGUGGUGCGCGCGCCGCGCACGCGCGAGCACCUGGACGCGCUGGCCCGCGAGAACGUGCAGCACCUCGUCACCCUGUCCCCCGACGUGAUGCCCAAGCCCGAGGACUUCCCCAAGAAGAUCAAGUCCACCGUGAUCCCCGUCGAGGAGUUCGACAUGCCGACGGACGACGCCGUGGACCAGUUCAUCGCGCUCUGCGAGAAGGCCAUCGCCAAGAAGGAGCCGGUGUGCGUGCACUGUAGACAGGGCCGCGGCCGCGCCGGUGCCUUCGCCGCGUGCUACCUGGUCCGAUUCCAGAACAAGACCCCCGAGGUGGCCAUCAACGCCGUGCGCAUGCUGCGGCCUGGCGCCCUGGAGACCCUCGGCCAGGAGCGCUCCGUCAAGCGGUUGCACAAGAGGCUCAACCCCCCUAAGUAGACCCCCCCCCUCCCGCCCCUCCACUCCGCCCGCCCACUCAGUUGGCAGCAGUCGCCCUCGACACCAUGUGCCGCCUGGUGCCGCCGCGCCACGCCACGCGCGUCUCGCCCCCCUCGCUCCACGAGCAGAGCUCCACGAGCAGACUGGCACCCUCUUUACUUUUGUGAUGUAUAUAUUAGUUGUGAUAUAGUUGCAUUUUGCCAUUAUUCCCUCGCCUCGGUUUGCAUCGCGACGAGACCCACGCGAAACUGUCACCGAGACAGCGUUCAGAAAAGCGGACUCAUGUCUGCAGUUUGUGACCAUUGUCGCGGACUGAAACACGAUUUCUUUACGGAUGACCCAAUUUCAAAAUUCGAUUUCGAUCAGUCUGCCUCCCUGUCUGCCGCGCUGCAGUAAGGGUUGCCUACGUCCCAGGAGGUUCAUGUCUCCAGGGGUCAAAAAAUGCAUUUUCUACUAUGGCAUCGCGCUUCUCUAACACACUGAAACUGCACUGUACAAACAUGUAAGCAAAACAAUAAAAUACUAUUUUACAUUAA